CAGGUUGCCUUCAAUAAGCUAUGCAAAUUAGGACCAUUCCUGUGGCCCUCUUUGAUUCUCUUGAAAAAAUUGACAUAGGUGUCACCCCAUUUGCUCUUGGGAAGAAGUGUGUCACUUGGGAAUGAUUCCAAGGCUGGAAAGCUUGAAUGUCAAUAACUGCCAGCUGAAGAAAGUAGUUUUUCCUUCAGUCCCAGUUCAUGAAAAGACCAAGCUGUUUCCCAAUCUGAAGAACUUGAUGAUUGCAAAUAACCCACUCGAAGCGUGGGAAUCAGUUGGUGAGCUAAAUAAACUACUGAACAUUGAAGACUUGGUCAUAUCUUAUGAUGAAAAUAUCACGCUUUAUUUCCAAGAGUUUGCUUUUGCUCGAAUUUCAAACCUGAAGGUACUGAACAGAACAAGGCUAACUCCAAAAGAAAAGAGAGAUUGUGAAUUGUUUUACUUGAAGUCCUUCAGUGAGGAUUAUUACAGCAGUGGUGGUACAGAAGACCCAAGUACCUCACACCUCUCCCAGGAGUUUACCCUCAAACAUCCAACUUAUCUGAAAUUAGUGGAAGAAUAUGGUGCACCAGUGGAUGAGACAAAACACAGAAGUCAGAAGAGUCAGAAGCUGCGAGACCUGAAGAUUGAGUUAAAGAUCAUAACUCCAGACGACGCGGAGAGAGAACCUGUCGUCAAGUCCUUCCUUCCAACCACCAAAAUCUCCAAGGUGAAGAUGAUGCUCAAACGUCAGCUGAAGAUUAAUCCAGCAGCUCAUAUAAAUCUUAGCUACUGUCCAACAAAGAGUUCUACUGUGUUUGAAAUUCCAAUGGACAACGAUAUGAAGGAAAUGGACUUUUACUCAAUAGUUUCUGGCGACACCUUGAUGGUCAGAUGGGAGUGAAGGAAUGUUUUCUCACCGCUGACAGCAUGCGAUCUUCUCAAGUAUAGGAAGCUAGCCUCAGAGGGUUUAACAAAUGACUUGUGUAUCUCGUGCUUAGAAAGUUUUAGUUAUUAGUAAAUCCUGUUCUUUUGUAGAUGUGAUGAUAUUUUGCUUUAUCCGUCUAAUGUAAAAAUAAUGUAUGCAACAUCUUACUUAUUUUUCUUUGUUCUUCACAGCUAAAUGUUAAGGAUUGCUAAUUUUAAUUUUUUUCGUUACUUGUUUUGUUUUUGUGUUAGUGAGUUGUAUUGAGAUUGACUCCAACAAUUACAUAAUAUUUAUGAAAUGUGAAAAAUAAAAAUUCACAGGCUUA